UAUCUUCCAAUGUGAGAGAGAGAACUCAACAAACAAAUACAGGUUCUAGAACACACUAAUUUGGGCGAAUCGAUUCAAAACAAAAAUGAGUUCACAGAAGAAGAUGAAUUUUCAAAUCGAAGCCUUUAAACAUCGAGUGGUUGUAGAUCCAAAGUACGCCGAGAAGACUUGGAAGAUUCUGGAGCAUGCGAUUCACGAGAUUUACAAUCAUAACGCUAGCGGCCUCAGUUUCGAAGAACUUUACAGGAAUGCCUACAAUAUGGUGCUGCAUAAAUUUGGAGAAAAGCUCUACUCCGGGCUUGUGUUAACCAUGACUUCACAUUUAAAAGAAAUAGCAGUGUCAAUAGAAGCUGCUCAGGGAGCUUUGUUUCUAGAAGAACUCGACAGGAAAUGGACAGAACACAACAAAGCAUUACAAAUGAUACGAGACAUAUUAAUGUACAUGGAUAGAACGUUUAUUCCUAGUACACACAAAACACCAGUUCAUGAGCUUGGGCUUAAUCUAUGGCGGGAUAAUAUCGUCCACACAAUCAAGAUCCAAACAAGACUUAAAAACACGCUUUUGGAACUCGUGCAGAAAGAAAGAGGAGGUGACGUAAUUAACCGUGGCUUAAUGAGAAACGUGGUUAAAAUGUUAAUGGAAUUAGGUUCUUCGGUUUACCAAGAAGAUUUUGAAAAACCGUUUUUAGCUGUUUCCGCUGAUUUUUACCGUGCUGAAUCUCAACUGUUUAUUGAAAGUUGCGACUGUGGGGAUUACUUGAAGAAAGCUGAAAAACGGUUGAAUGAGGAGAUCGAACGAGUUUCACAAUAUCUGGAUGCGAAAAGCGAAGUGAAAAUAACAAAUGUGGUGGAAAAAGAGAUGAUCGAAAGCCAGAUGAAUAGAUUAGUACACAUGGAGAAUUCAGGGUUAGUUAGUAUGCUUAUGGAUGAUAAAUACGAAGAUUUGGGUAGAAUGUAUAAUUUGUUCAAAAGAGUGCCGAACGGGUUGUCAUUAAUAAGGGAUGUGAUGACAUCACACAUUCGGGAAACGGGUAAGCAAUUAGCAACGGAUCCGGAACGGUUAAAAGAUCCUGUGGAUUUCGUGCAACGUCUUUUGGAUGAAAGAGAUAAACAUGAUAAGAUCAUUAAUCUUGCGUUUAACAAUGACAAAAUGUUCCAAAACGCUGUGAAUUCUUCGUUUGAGUAUUUCAUUAAUUUAAAUACUCGGUCCCCGGAAUUUAUAUCGUUGUUUGUCGAUGAUAAGCUAAGGAAAGGUUUAAAAGGCGUUAGUGAAGAGGAUGUCGAGGUUGUACUUGACAAAGUUAUGAUGCUUUUUCGUUAUCUUCAAGAAAAAGACAUUUUCGAAAAGUAUUAUAAACAACACUUGGCGAAAAGGCUUCUUUUUAAUAAGAGUGUGUCGGAAGACGCUGAGAGAAGUUUGAUCUUGAAGUUAAAAACCGAAUGCGGGUAUCAGUUUACGUCAAAACUGGAAGGAAUGUUUACCGAUAUGAAAACGUCUGAUGAUACGAUGAAAGGAUUCUACGAAGCGAUGGGACCCGAGUUAGGUGAUGGGCCGACACUCGUGGUCCAUGUUCUCACAACCGGGUCAUGGCCGACACAAUCAACCACCGCGUGCAACCUUCCAUCCGAAAUCCUCACCGUGUGUGACAAGUUCAAGACGUAUUAUCUCGGGACCCACAGUGGGCGCAGGCUGACAUGGCAAACAAACAUGGGGUCUGCCGAUAUAAAAGCGACGUUCGCUAAAGGCCAAAAGCACGAGCUGAACGUUUCGACAUACCAAAUGUGUGUUCUUAUGUUGUUCAACAAUGGAGAUGGGUUGAGUUAUAGAGAAAUUGAACAGGCUACCGAGAUACCGAGUUUGGAUUUAAAACGUUGUUUGCAGUCGUUAGCUUGUGCUAAAGGGAAAAACGUGCUUAGGAAAGAACCUAUGAGCAAAGACAUUGUAGAAGAUGACGUGUUUUUCUUUAACGAUAAGUUUUCUAGCAAGUUUUACAAGGUGAAGAUUGGGACCGUUGCCGCGCAGAAGGAAUCUGAACCUGAAAAACAGGAGACAAGACAGAGAGUCGAGGAGGACAGAAAACCUCAGAUAGAAGCGGCGAUUGUUAGGAUUAUGAAAGCAAGACGUGUCUUGGACCAUAAUAAUAUUGUGGCUGAGGUUACAAAGCAAUUGCAGUCGAGGUUUUUACCGAACCCGGUUGUGAUAAAGAAGAGAAUCGAGUCGCUUAUCGAGAGGGAGUUUCUAGAACGGGACAAAGACGAUAGGAAGUUGUAUCGUUACUUGGCUUGACGUGAAGAAACAGGUGUUAUGGUUACUGUUUCGAAAUCUUUAUGUUUUACAAAAAUAUGGAAUUGGUGGUAUGAUGAUUUGGGAACUGUUUGGUUGUAGUGUGCCUUUUGUUUUCUGGGUGGUGUUUGAUGUCAAUAUUGGGUUAAUUUGUUAAAAAGUCAUAAAAUUACCAACUUA